AGUAGGCAACCUCCAGUCUCUUUAAUUCUCACUGUCAUUCAACUGAAGAUGUAGGGCCAAUGAGCAGGAUCGCCAUCUUGGUCAUAUCCUCAUGUAUGACACUGGCAUUCGCUGACGAUGAGGUCACAUGUGGGACAGUGUUGAAACUUAUGAACAUCAACGAAGCUGCUCGAUUGCAUUCGCAUGAAGUAAAGUAUGGUAGCGGCAGCGGCCAACAAUCGGUCACAGCUGUGACGGCCUCCGAUGACGUCAACUCCCAUUGGCAGAUUUUCCCAGGUCUGAAGGAAACUUGUAAGCGAGGAGAGCCGAUGAAGUGUGGUGAGAAACUCCGUUUGAAGCAUCUCACAACCGGAUGCUUCCUUCAUACUCAUCACUUUACUGCACCGUUGUCGAAGCAUUAUCAGGAAAUCUCAUGCUUUGGUGAUGAUUCUCAGAGUGAUACUGGGGAUAAUUGGCAGCUUGUAUGUGAUACUGAUGUAUGGCUUGAAAAUGAGCCAGUGAAAUUCAAACAUAUGGAUACUGGAGUGUAUUUGGCAUUGUCAGGCCAGCAGUUUGGCAGGCCUAUCAGCGGACAAAGAGAGGUCGUGGGAACAGAUGGGCUAACAAGCUACGGAAAAUGGAAAGCUGCUGAAGGAGUGUUCAUGAUGGCGAGUAAAGAGGAGCCAGGUCAUACAGAACUCUAAACCACUAAAUUCGCCAAAUUCUUGCCCAAACAUUCCCUAAAAUCGGCGUUAGGUCUGGUUAAAUGUACAUCUACAAUUUCUUACCAUUAUCUUUCUGUGAUGUGAUAUCUUUACUGAAUGCGGGGACUUUUAAUUUGUAACAACAUCCUCAGUGGUUAUAGCUUGUUGGUUUUUGUUGUGUAUGAUAUAGUUCAUUAUUAUAAAAUGGAAUGUGAUUCUAAUAAAUUCAUCUUUCUUCUCAAUGUAUGUCAAAUUUCUUCCUUCUCGUUUUCAAAUAGCCUUUUUUCUAUUUUUCACCAUUAUGGAAUGAUUCGAUAAAUC